UUCUCAAGUAAAGAGAGAGAGAGAGAGAAGAGAGAGAAGAGAGGAGAGUUGAGCACGAUGACCAGAAUGCUGAUGAGCUUUCCGGCCAUCGACGCCGGCGCCGGUGUGCUGACGGCCAGCUGGUGGGAUGAGAUCAACGAGUCCGUCGCAUGGCAAGACGGGAUAUUCUACUCUCUCUGCGCCGCCUAUGCCCUCGUUUCCGCCGUUGCCCUUAUUCAAUUGAUAAGAAUUGAACUUAGAGUGCCCGAAUAUGGUUGGACCACGCAAAAGGUUUUCCACCUUAUGAACUUUAUAGUAAAUGGAGUGCGUGCUAUCGUGUUUGGAUUCCAUAAAAAUGUCUUUCUUCUACAUCCUAAGGCCCUCUCUUUGGUUUUGCUGGAAUCUCCUGGCCUGCUCUUCUUCUCUACAUAUACUCUUCUUGUCCUUUUUUGGGCAGAGAUAUAUCAUCAGGCCAGAAGCCUGCCGACUGAUAAACUAAGAAUCUGGUACUUUGCUAUCAACAGUGGAGUAUACUUUGUGCAGGCUGGUAUUUGGGUGUACCUCUGGAUAGAUGAUAACAGCACUGCAGAAUUUGUUGGAAAGAUAUUUGUUGCAGUGGUUUCAUUUGCAGCUGCAUUAGGAUUUCUGCUGUAUGGAGGAAGGUUGUUUAUCAUGCUAAGACGCUUCCCUAUUGAAUCUAAAGGGAGGAGAAAGAAACUUUACGAGGUUUGUGUCUAUCUAUCUGUUGAUUUCUUAUCUUUCUCUAAUCAUAUCUAUCAUUUGCAGGUUAUGCUCUCAGCCUUUGAUUUAGAUGCAUCACUAGAUGUAUUGGACCAUCCAGUUUUGAAUGUAAUCUACUACACGCUGGUUGAGAUUCUUCCUUCAGCUCUGGUUCUGUACAUCUUGCGCAAGCUGCCUCCAAAAAGAGUACCAUCAGCACAGUAUCACCCUAUCCGGUAGUUGAUGCAUGAAAAGCUCAUAUACAUCAAUUUCUUGGCAUUCUUCGCAAGACCGAAUUGAAGCCUAGAAGUAACCAGAUUUAUUAUCACUCUGGAAUGGCUCUGGUCAUGAGAUUUCAUUUUGCCUGUAUUUUGUGGGAGUCUGAUUUGAUGUUAACGAUGGCGAUUUAUUGAGAGCUUGCCAUUUUUAUUGAAA